ACAGCACUUCAAAAAUAAAAAAAAAAAUAAAAAGGAUUGGGCUUGAGACCACAAGCUCAGAGCCAGUGGAGCUCAAAUAGACUGCCAGCUGGACUGUGGUCCCACUUUUCUGCGUGCCUUUUGGAAUAUCUCUGUAGUAAAGAUGUCUCAGAUGGCUCAUGAUCACCCCAUGAACAGCUCCAUGUUGCAACCCACACAUCCUCCUGAACAUCACCAUUUAACAGCAGCCCCGGGACAUGGACAUGGAGGAUCUGGCAUGAUGAUGAUGGCAAUGACUUUCCACUUCAGCUAUGAGAAUGUGCCAUUGCUGUUUUCUGGACUUAUAAUCAAUACUCCUGGAGAAAUGGCUGGUGCUUUUGUGGCUGUCUUCUUCCUGGCCAUGUUUUAUGAAGGCCUUAAGAUUGCCCGAGAGUGUUUGCUCCGUAAAUCCCAAGUCAGCAUUCGCUACAACUCCAUGCCAGUGCCAGGGCCCAAUGGCACCAUCUUGAUGGAGACACACAAAACUGUUGGACAGCAGAUGCUGAGCUUCCCCCACCUCCUGCAGACUGUGCUGCACAUCAUCCAAGUGGUGGUCAGUUACUUCCUCAUGCUGAUCUUCAUGACCUACAACGGGUACCUCUGCAUAGCCGUGGCAGCAGGGGCAGGGACGGGCUAUUUCUUCUUCAGCUGGAAAAAGGCGGUUGUUGUGGACAUCACGGAGCACUGCCAUUAACCCUGGCUGGGCAAGCAGCCUCUCCACCCCACUGCUCUCUUGAAGUGCAGCCAUCACGAGGACUGGAUCCAUUGCUAAGCUGAAAGAGAAAAAAAACCACAAGAAAAUCAAGGGGAGUUCACCACGAGUUCCUAGCUGGGGUGCAGGGAUGUGAGGAGCUGGGGUGUGCUGCUCCCCCUUGCUGCGGGCUGGCAGCAGGGCUGGCUCUUGAGGGCCCCCUGGGAGCCAUUCUUGGCUAGGAUUUGCUUUCUUUUUAGAUUAUGCUGUGAUUGAAAUUAGUUGGCUGACAGAAAUAUAGAAAUUAUUCUUUAAAAAAAAAUAUAUUUUAAAUUGUAGAUGCUCAUCUGUGAGGGUUCUAUGAACAGUAGCUAAAGAUCAGAGUUGCCAAUGGAGACUGUGUGUGUGAAUGGCUAUUUUAAUUUUACUGGUUGUUGGUUUGUUUUUUUUUUUUUUUUUUCAAUAUGUACAUAGUGCCAGGGGAGGAGAUCUCCCUGACAUUGUGGCUUUUGGGGCCAAUGAUGCCUUCUGUUGCAGAAGGACUCAGCCUCUGAGGAAGACUUGGUGCUGCACAUCAGACGCGCUCAGGAGUCCUGGCAAGGGAGUACUUCAACAUAAGUAUGUGACCCAUCUGCUUCAGGGGGUCUGGAUAAGUCUGUCCUCUGAACCCUUCAGAGCAUGAUCAAUGUUGUUAAUCAUCUGAGUACCCAACAGCUUUACUCAGCUUCAUGGAACAAUGUUUUGAUUUGGCUGCUUUCACUUCCCAAUCACGGAAUCACCAAGUAGAUGCAGAACAACAAUUGCAUAUUAACAGGGAAAAAAUAUGUUAAAUAAACCAUUGAACCUGCAUUUACUUCAUGUUGAAUUGGACCUGGAUGGAUCUAGAGCUAGGUUUUGGGUUUACUAAAACUAGUUCUGUAAAUGAGGCAAGAGCUAAAUAAUCAUUUUGUGACACUAAAGUUUAAAAUGUCUGAAGGGGGCAUUCCUUGGUUGAGGUGAAGGAAUUAAAACAACUGUGUUCCUGUAAAGGAGAGAUCUGGGGAAGAGAAGAAAGAUAAGAAUACAGCAGCCUUCAGUCUCUUAAGUGAAGUUUGGGAGCUGAUGGGCUUGAGGUGAUUAAAAAGUAUUCCUGACCCAGAUGACUCCUCUUUGUCUUUAUAAUUAUGCUGUGACCUUGCUAGCGUGGAGUUGCAAGGGUUAUCAGGGCCAGUGGUGGGCAAGUGUUGUACGGCAGUAAAGAACUUCCCCUUCAGUUCUGAGCUCUGCACAUUUCACAGGCAAGACAGGCUGUGACAGGCAGGAACAGCUUCCUGCCUGCCUGGUGCCCAGGGCAUGCUCUGGUUUUCUGGAGAGGAGCUUUGGUUUAGCACUUCCUUACUAAACCACUUCUUGUCAUAGGGAAUGUUGUGCAGAGUUAUGAGGCAAAGCUGGAGUCAUCAUUCUGCCCAGGAUGUCCAGUUUAUGCCAGUAAUUGGUUGAAGGGGAAGAUGGUGGAAUUUUCAGAAGGGCACUGAAAAACAGGCACCACCUUCAGAGUAGGACUGAUUUCAGGGAAUCCUUUUGAGAUGAAAGGAGCAGGGCACAUGCAGUAACAGUGUUUUCUCCAAAGGUACUACUCCCACAAACCCUUUUGGAAAGGCAGUGGGAAAUCUGUUAUUGCCACAGCCAGGAUCUGGAAUUGCACCUCUGAAAUCAACCAUCUUGAUGUUAAGUGUUUAUUCGGACAUCUUGUUCUCUUUGGGCAGUGCAAAUACAGAAUAAAAGGAGAGGACUUAAAAGCAGGCUCAGGCUUCCAAAGAGCUCCAUUCUCUAGCAAAUUUGCAUGUGAUGAAAGAGGCAAAGUUAUUCUCGUGGAACAAUUCUAGCCACCUCCUGAUGAGAGAUAGGAGAAGCUCUUCCCCAGUCUGGAUCUUUGAAGGAAGUUGUGUCUGUCACAGGUUGCAGAAGGAUGCACUGAUGCCCUCUCUGCAUCUGUCAUGAAGGUAACCACCUUUUGUGCCCUCAAGCAAUCAUGUCUCUCUGUGAGAGCAGAAACCAGACCCUUCCAACCCCCGUGUGAGAGCUGUGAGGAAGUCAUGGUGCUUGUCAGAGAAAGCUGAAGCAGUGAAGUGCUGGAGGUGGUUGAUGUUUUGAGAACUUUACACUGCAGGGGCUUGAUCCCUGCAGGAGUUUGGAGCCAGCUUUGCCCACACUGCUGGAAUCUGAUUCUCCUGAAGGUGCUGUGGUUGCUGCUGUGGCCAGAUGUCUGGUUACAGGGCAGUCAUGAAUGGCUUUGCAUGAUGACAACAAUUUCUUCAUACACCUCUUGCUGUGUCUUUCUCUAAAAUAGAACCUCUGCUUGGCCUGAUCUUUUUGCUGUUACCUUUUGGCCACCUUUGAUUCAAGUGAUCAGAGGUGGGUGACCUGGGGAUCAGAUGAUAGCUGUGCCUCUUGCCACACAAAUUUGGUUCUUAUGUGAGCUUUUCUGCCUCACACUAUGUGUAGCACCUGUCCCCUGGAAAUUGUUUCCCCCCUGAGGAUGAGAACCUCAGUCUUCAAAGGGUCUUCUCCUGCCCACGCUGACACAGAAAUGGGCACCCAGCUUUCUCCAGUGUGCAGAGAGGGAAGUGGUGCUGACCUAGCAGUGGUUGGCUGGGAUGCAGGAACCUGGGCAGAAGCCUCCUAAGGUUCCCUCCAGUGCCCAGCAGCCUGUGAGGGCAAUGGUUGGAGCACUGGGCAGCACUCCAGUUAUAAAUGGGAGCCCAGGCUGGGCUUUGGGGAGGAGUGUGUGAGGGAAGGUCUGAAGGGCAGGUGGUUAAGGAGAGAAAGGAACCUUUCCAGUCUGUGUCUCCCUGCCAGCUCUGGCCAAGCUUUCUUUUGGUUCAAUGUUGACAAUCCAGAGAUGUCACCUACCUCCCUGUGUCCCAGCCCCCCCUGGUCCACCAGAUGCUGCCAUGUUGUUGGCCCAGGUUGCUGUUUGCUGUGCCAGAGUCUGAGCAAAACCUGGCCUCACCAUUCAUGUCUUCUGCCUGCUUUGGGUGCAGCCCCAGCCUUUCUGCUGGCUCUGUGCAAAGUUGUCCUGGUAACACUAAACUCACUCUAAGUAGAGCCUGGAGGGAGGUGAAGACUCUAAAAAUUACAAGACUUGAGUAAAUGAAGUUUGUCUGUCAACACACAUGUAGCAUGCUUGGAAUGUGAUGUCCUGCAUCUUUGUAUCCUGCUGUUUGGUCUCCACACACUGUGCCUCUGGAUUAUCAUCUUGAAGAAGUGGACAAACUAUCUGGGCUGUGUUCAUCAGCUGGCUUGCUGGUUUUCUCCGAGUGCCUUUUCAGUUUGUCUGGAGCCAGUCCCACCAAAUCCAGCAGGAUUUCUAGUUCUGUUUACAGUGGACUGUCAUUUUUGGUUUUACUCUUGCUCUUUGUGGAGGUAACUUGUCUAAUGUUACUGUGAAUGUCAAGAAUCCCCUGUAUAUAAUUAACCAAUAAAAUCGAUUGCAUUUUACUGUG